CGACGUUCAUUUCGUCCCGUCUUUCUCUUUUCUCUUGUGCAGCAGAACAGAGCUCGGUCUCUCUCUCUCUCUCUCUCUCUGCUGCUUUUCUAUUUCUGUUGUCUGCCACCCAGAAACUCAUAAAGCCUUUAAUAUUCACUCGCUCUGCCCACUCCUCACAUUCCUCUCUCUCUCUGAGAACCCCACCUUGAAGCUGAAAGUUCCGGACCAAGCCACAGCUCUCAGGGUGUCUCUCCAGUAAUGGGUUGAUUCUUGACCCUCACUCCCUUCAAGCAUUGAUCUUUCCCUCUUCUUCCCAAGUCCUCCUUUUUCCCUGAGAACCAGCUGUGCAAGCUUCAUCGGCAUUUACUCACUCCCUUGAACAGAGGAAGGGGGGAAAAAACAGAGCUUCCGAGAUGAUAACGGCGACGGACCUGUACCACGUGCUGACGGCGGUGGUGCCUCUGUACGUGGCGAUGAUCCUGGCCUACGGCUCCGUCAAGUGGUGGAAGAUCUUCAGCCCCGACCAGUGCUCGGGGAUCAACCGUUUCGUCGCCCUGUUCGCCGUCCCCCUCCUCUCCUUCCACUUCAUCUCCACCAACAACCCGUUCGCCAUGAACUACCGCUUCAUCGCCGCGGACACCCUCCAGAAGCUCAUCGUCCUCGCCGUCCUUACUGUCUGGUCCCGCGCCAGCCGCCGUGGCUCCCUGGAGUGGUCCAUCACCCUCUUCUCCCUCUCCACCCUCCCCAACACCCUCGUCAUGGGUAUCCCCUUGCUCAAGGGCAUGUACGGCGCCGCCUCCGGCAGCCUCAUGGUCCAGAUCGUCGUCCUCCAGUGCAUCAUCUGGUACACCCUCAUGCUCUUCCUCUUCGAGUACAGAGGCGCUAGGCUCCUCAUCGCCGAGCAAUUCCCCGACACCGCCGCCUCCAUCAUCUCCUUCCGCGUCGACUCCGACAUCCUCUCCCUCGACGGCAAGGAGCCCCUUCAGACGGAGGCCGAGGUCGGGGACGACGGCAAGCUCCACGUCACCGUCCGCAAGUCCACCAGCUCCCGCUCCGAGGUCUUCUCCCGCCGCUCGCAUGGCCCCAACUCGGGCCUCUCCCUCACCCCGAGGCCGUCGAACCUGACCAAUGCCGAGAUUUACUCCCUCCAGUCGUCGCGGAACCCGACGCCGAGGGAGUCGAGCUUCAACCACACCGACUUCUACUCCAUGGUGAACGGCAAGGGCAUGAGCGGCGUGAGCCCGAGGCAGUCCAACUUCGGCGGCAUGGGCUUCGACGAGGAGAGCGGGGUCGCUCCGGUGUACGGGAACGUGCCAAGGGCCAAUGGCGGUGGAGCGUACCCGGCGCCGCCGAAUGCCGGGAUUUUCUCACCUGUGGCGGCGGCUGCGAAGAAGAAGGGAGGCGAUGGGAAGGACCUGCAUAUGUUCGUUUGGAGCUCCAGCGCCUCGCCAGUGUCGGAGGGCGGCCUUCACGUCUUCCGAGGCGGGGGCGAUUACGGGAAUGAGCUCGGCGUUGGUGGUGGUGGUGGGGUGGCUCACCAGAAAGAUUACGACGAGUUUGGGAGGGACGAGUUCAGUUUUGGGAACAGGCAGGUCCCAAAUGGGGUCGACCGUGAUGGGCCGGUGCUGUCCAAACUGGGGUCGAGCUCCACAGCGGAGCUCCAUCCCAAGGCGGCCGUGGACGGUGAGGCCAAGCCGACUUCCAUGCUGCCAGCUAGCGUGAUGACCAGGCUCAUCCUCAUUAUGGUGUGGAGGAAACUCAUCAGGAACCCCAACACAUACUCCAGUCUCAUUGGCCUCACUUGGUCCUUGGUUUCGUUCAGGUGGAAUUUGGUUAUGCCGGCCAUAAUUGCAAAGUCGAUUUCUAUAUUGUCCGAUGCAGGUCUUGGGAUGGCAAUGUUCAGUCUUGGUUUGUUCAUGGCAUUGCAACCGAGGAUGAUCGCUUGUGGGAACUCGAUAGCGGCCUUUUCCAUGGCUGUGCGGUUUCUUACUGGUCCGGCUGUCAUGGCAGCCGCAUCAAUUGCUGUUGGUCUACGAGGUGUCCUGUUACACAUUGCCAUCGUGCAGGCUGCUCUUCCCCAAGGGAUCGUGCCCUUCGUAUUUGCUAAGGAGUAUAACGUCCAUCCGGACAUUCUAAGCACGGGGGUUAUAUUUGGAAUGCUAAUUGCUCUUCCCAUCACUCUGGUCUACUACAUCUUGCUGGGACUGUGAAAAAAACACUGAAGCAAAAAGCUCCCCCAAAUUGAAAUGGACUGGAGCUUAAACAGAAGUGCCUCCAUUUCGACUGGGUUUUCAAUUUCCCUUUUUUUUUUUUUUUUGGCUUGCUGCCCUUCUUCUCAUCUAAACCAGAAGAAAGAAAACUCGGAGAAAAGAAUCCAAGGAGAGGGAGAAAGACAGUUGACAGAGUUAAAGGAGGUGGUCUUUUUGCAGAGCAAAGAGGGAUAUUGAUCAGUUCGUUGGACAUCAUUAGGCCUAGGACUAAUUUUCUUUUUGGGGUCCUCUUUUUUGUUGAUCUUGACUUGAAAUCUCGCUCUCUCUCUCUCUCUCUCUCUGAUCUUUUGGUGAACUUGGGCUGUGGUUCUUUUUGAUGAAGAAACGUGAAGAUUGUUCAUGG